CUGACGUCACACGCACGCUAAGCCUCCUCGCUCCUGAUUGGCUUAGAGGUUGACUCCUUUACGGCUGCGCUGCCUCCUCCUCCUCCUCUUCGCUGCAGAAGGAACCAACAUGGAGACAGCUGGAAAAGUGAUCAAGUGCAAGGCAGCUGUUGCGUGGGAAGCAGGGAAGCCUCUCUCCCUCGAGGAGGUGGAGGUAGCUCCACCCAAGGCCCAUGAAGUUCGCAUCAAGAUUCUCGCUACAGGAGUGUGUCAUACAGAUGCUUACACCCUGAGUGGAAGCGACCCUGAGGGACUUUUCCCCGUCGUCCUCGGACAUGAGGGGGCUGGGAUUGUGGAGAGUGUUGGCGAGGGUGUCACUAAGUUCAAGCCAGGCGACACCGUCAUCCCUUUGUAUGUGCCUCAGUGUGGUGAAUGCAAAUUCUGCAAAAACCCCAAGACCAACCUCUGCCAGAAAAUCAGAGUAACCCAGGGUCAGGGGCUGCUCCCUGACAAGACGUCACGCUUCACCUGCAAAGGAAAGCAAGUGUUCCACUUCAUGGGGACCAGCACCUUCUCUGAGUACACGGUGGUGGCCGACAUCUCACUGGCCAAGGUUAACGAGAAAGCUCCGCUGGAUAAGGUGUGCCUGCUGGGAUGUGGCAUUUCUACAGGUUACGGUGCUGCUCUCAACACCGCCAAGGUUGAGCCCGGUUCCACCUGCGCCGUGUUCGGACUCGGAGCCGUCGGCCUGGCUGCCAUCAUGGGCUGCAAGGCGGCUGGAGCAACCAGAAUCAUCGGCGUGGACAUCAACCCCGACAAGUUCGAGAAGGCCAAAGAGUUUGGAGCCACGGAGUUCGUGAACCCGAAGGACCACAGCAAGCCCGUCCAAGAGGUUCUGGUGGAGAUGACUGACGGCGGGGUGGACUACUCGUUCGAGUGCAUUGGGAACGUGCAGAUCAUGAGAGCUGCUCUGGAGGCGUGCCACAAAGGUUGGGGAGAAAGUGUCAUCAUUGGUGUAGCGGGAGCAGGACAGGAGAUCUCCACCAGACCUUUCCAGCUGGUGACGGGCCGAGUGUGGAGAGGCACCGCCUUCGGAGGCUGGAAGAGUGUGGAGAGCGUUCCGAAGCUGGUGGAAGACUACAUGAAUAAAAAGAUGAAGGUGGACGAGUUUGUGACUCACACUCUUCCCUUUGAGAAGAUCAAUGAGGCCUUUGACCUCAUGCAUGCUGGAAAGAGCAUCCGGACCGUGCUGACUUUCUGAUGCGCCUGAAACAUCCGUCACAUCCGGCCUUAAAGCUGCCUCCAUCCGUUGUUCCAGCACUUCCUUUCAUUUCAGUUCCAGUGUUUAAAACAAGCUCUUUUAACAGCAGAACAUCUGUUAGAAACAUUAACUCUGUUAAUAAAACCUUAAAAA